UGCUCAGGCUUUAGUGCGGGCGAGAGCGCUGUUAAACAUGGCGUCGGACGGGAUGAUUUUAACCAACCACGACCACCAAAUCCGAGUUGGAAUAUUAACAGUGAGUGACAGCUGCUUCAGAAACCUUGCUGAAGACCGCAGUGGAGUCAACCUCAAAGAUCUUGUCCAUGACCCGUCCUUGCUCGGAGGCAUAAUCUCUGCAUACAAAAUAGUCCCUGAUGAGAUUGACGAGAUAAAGGAGACGUUGGUGGACUGGUGUGAUGAGAAGGAGCUCAACUUGAUCUUGACCACCGGUGGAACGGGCUUUGCACCCCGUGAUGUCACACCUGAGGCCACCAGAGAGGUGAUUGAGCGUGAAGCUCCAGGGAUGGCUCUAGCCAUGCUCAUGGGCUCCUUAAAUGUCACGCCCCUCGGCAUGCUGUCGAGACCCAUAUGUGGAAUCAGAGGAAAAACCCUCAUCAUUAAUUUACCUGGGAGCAAGAAGGGCUCACAGGAGUGCUUUCAGUUCAUCCUGCCCGCUCUGCCGCACGCCAUAGACCUGCUGCGGGAUGCUGUAGUGAAAGUGAAAGAGGUACACAAUGCUCUAGAGGACCUGCCGUCACCUCCUCCACCUCUCUCCCCUCCACCCACCAUCAGCCCACACAAGCAGACAGAAGACAAGGGUGUGCAGUGUGAGGAAGAGGAUGAGGAGAAGAAGGACAGUGGCUUGGCGUCCACUGAGGACAGUGGCUCCUCUAACAUCACAGCAGCUGCCAUUGCUGCUAAGAGUAUGAAGUCUCAUCCCAGUCAUGCUGUUGUCAUGGCGAAAGGUGGGCGGCCCUUGACUGCCUCCAUCCCGCCCACCUCCAUUCCCUCCCAUUUUACCUGCUCCUGCAGCAACACGAUACCAGAAUCCAUCAUUUCAAGGGGCGUGCAAGUUUUGCCACGGGAUACCGCCUCUCUCAGCACCACGCCCUCAGAGUCUCCUUGUGCUCAGCAGUCCCGCCUCUCCACUGCCUCCUGCCCCACCCCCAAAGCCCGGCUCAUCUCCUGCUCAUCCACUUAUAGUGUCACAGAGGCCUCACGGAGAGAGUUCAGGGCUCACCUGGAUGAAGUCAUCACGCUCAAGUCAAGGUACUCUACCUUGGACCAGCUCCACUCUAGGCUGGAGGGGCUCAAAGAUGAUCGCCGGGGACAUAGGACCUUCGAUUCGCGAGUACAGUCACGAUGCAGCAGCAAGGAGAACAUCUUGAGAGCAAGUCACAGUGCAGUGGACAUCACCAAGGUAGCUCGGAGACACCGCAUGUCCCCUUUCCCCCUCACCUCUAUGGACAAGGCCUUCAUCACUGUGCUGGAGAUGACUCCUGUCCUGGGUAUGGAAAUCAUCAACUACAGAGAUGGAAUGGGUCGAGUUCUGGCUCAGGACGUCUAUGCCAAAGACAACCUGCCUCCUUUCCCUGCGUCAGUUAAAGAUGGCUACGCUGUUCGAGCUGCUGAUGGCCCAGGAGAUCGCUUCAUCAUUGGGGAGUCUCAGGCUGGGGAGCAGCCCACUCUCACUGUCAUGCCAGGGCAGGUGAUGAGGGUGACGACAGGAGCUCCGAUCCCAUGUGGAGCAGACGCCGUAGUUCAAGUAGAGGACACGGAGCUGAUACGAGAGUCUGAAGAUGGUACAGAGGAGUUGGAGGUGAGGAUCCUCGUUCAGGUGCGUCCAGGACAGGAUAUCAGACCUAUAGGUCAUGAUAUCAAGCGUGGAGAGUGUGUGCUGGCUAAAGGCACUCACAUGGGUCCGUCUGAGAUCGGCCUCCUGGCCACUGUAGGAGUCACAGAAGUGGAGGUGCAGAAAUUCCCAGUUGUAGCAGUCAUGUCUACAGGCAAUGAGUUGUUAAACCCGGAGGAUGACCUCCACCCAGGCAAGAUCAGGGACAGUAACCGAUCCACGCUGUUGGCCACCAUCCAGGAGCACGGCUACCCCACUAUAAACCUCGGCAUCGUCGGAGACAACCCAGACGACCUGCUGAAUGCCCUAAAUGAGGGAAUUAGUCGUGCUGAUGUCAUCAUCACUUCUGGGGGUGUGUCCAUGGGUGAGAAGGACUACCUGAAGCAAGUACUGGAUAUAGACCUCCAUGCCCAGAUCCACUUUGGCCGAGUGUUUAUGAAGCCAGGUUUACCCACUACAUUUGCCACCUUAGACAUUGAUGGUGCCAGAAAACUGAUCUUUGCCCUACCAGGUAAUCUCACCUACAGAGACACAGGGGCGACUCUUCUGGAGGCAGUGCCCCUGAGUGACAGCGAGGCCAGCAGACUGCCUCUGCCUCCUACCCCACGUAGAAGUAACCCAGUGUCAGCUGUUGUAACCUGUAACCUUUUUGUCAUCCCUGCAUUAAGAAAGAUGCAGGGGAUCCUGGACCCAAGACCCACCAUAAUCAAAGCCAGGCUGUCCUGCGAUGUAAAGUUGGAUCCACGUCCAGAGUAUCAUCGCUGUAUACUGACAUGGCAUCACCAGGAACCACUGCCCUGGGCACAGAGCACAGGAAACCAAAUGAGUAGUCGGCUAAUGAGCAUGCGCAGUGCCAACGGCCUUCUGAUGUUGCCUCCAAAAACAGAGCAAUACGUGGAGCUGCACAAGGGUGAAGUCGUGGAUGUCAUGGUCAUAGGACGGCUAUGAUGUCAUCUUAAGAGGACAGACCAAGUAAAGAGCAAGAAAGUGGUGCAUGUCCACAUAUCAUUACUAUUCUGUAAUAUGCAACGGCACAGCUAGUUUUUAUUGAUUUGGAAAAAGUUGAUCCAGUAUAAUCAACAAUUUGAGCAAAGACUAAUAUGUGAAUUUAUGAAAAUAUGACUUUGAAGACAUCAUAGUAUUUCAAAGACAGAAAAUAUUAUACCUUUUAAAGUGAAAAAAAUAAAAUAUAUAUAUAUAUAUGAAAUAUAAGAGAUUUAUUCUGUAAUAUAUUGUUAUAAUUAUUAUGAUUAUUAAUAUAAUGAUGAAUAUUAUCAUAUUAAGCAACUCUGUUCUUUCAUUGCAAUUGCUUUGUGUGUUCAAUGCUAGACCUUAUAGAUAGCCGUAGCAUUUUAAUAGACAGCUGUUGGCGCCUGUCACACAUACAUUGAAAAGCUUAUUUUCUCAUCGGUAGAAAAUGUGUCCCUAUGGGAUGAAAAGCUCUUAAAAAUGUCAUCAGAAACCCCUUUGGAUCCCUGAUGGAUGUUAGAUAUUUUCAUCUCUCUUUAAAGGGAUAGUUCACUCAAAAAAUAUAAAUUAUGUCAUUACUUACCCUCUCAUCGUUCAAAACCAUAUGACUUCCUUCCAUGGAACACAAAAGGAGAUUUUUAAGGCAGAAUGUUAGCAUUAUUCACAAUUCACUAUUUACUUUCAUUGCAUCUUUUUUUGGUGACCGAGGCUAACAUUCCACCUAACAUAUCCUUUUGAUGUUCCACAGAAGAAACUAAGUCAUACGAAUUUAAAACAACAUGAGGGUUAGUAAUUGAUGCCUGAAUUUGUAUUAUUUAGGUGAACUAUUCCUUUAAAGUGCACCAAGGUGACCCAGCUAUCUUUCCGUUUGGUAUUAUGUGAUCCAUAAAGACUUCAUUAUGCUUCAUAAAGGGUUUACAAAACUGCUUUGCUUGUCGUUUAUCUUGUGAGUCGUGUUUAUGUGCACAGUGCUAAAAGCCAGGGCUGUGAGGGGUGAGGUCUUGUGGUUAUGUUUGAAAAGCAGUGGGUGCUUUUGAGUAACACAGACUUUGUGCAGCUCCUUCAACUUAUAAACAUCAUUUUUGGAUAUGAUGACCAGUCAGUGAACUUGGAUGGGUCUGUGUAAAUUCUGUGCUACUUGCACAUACCCAGAGGCAGGUCCGGUGCUACAGGCUUCCUCAGUCUGGAACAUGCUUUAUAAUAAACUGGCCCUCAUAGCUCUGCCCUUAUUACUCUCUAUUUUACCCACUACCCUUACUUUUAAACUUGCCCGGCCCACACCUAGAGGCUGAGCUCCCUCAAACCUUGUUUAACAUCGAAAAAGGAGGACACAGCAUAUUUAAGUGCUGACAGCCUUUUUAAACGAAUUACAUAAAAUGUACAGUCAAAAAAAAAUAAAAAAAAUAAAAAUGCUAGAGUGAUAUUGUACAGAUAAGUGACCAGCACUCCUGAGGAAUAAACACUACUAAGGUAUUGAAAAGAUAUUGAAAAGCUCUGUACUAUAAUAUCAUUUUCUGUAAUACUGAAUCUAAUGCGAGAAUUAAAAUUCUUGAUCAUUAUGUAAA